AAAUACCGAAUACCGUAAUUAAUAUGGCUAGUAGACCACUAGUCCACUAUUGUAUGUCUGUUGGGCCUAAGCCCUUUAGAAAUUAUUUUAAGGCAGCCCAAAUCCCUAACCCAAUAACCCAACAGCCCACUCCAACAACAUUACAACAAAAAUCCAUUUAGGGCUAGGGUUAACUUUCAUUCUUUCUUUCUGUUUCUCAUUUUCUCUACUUCUCACUUCUCUCGUUCUUCACUUCUUCUUCUUCUUCAGUUCUUCACUUCUUCAGUUUAAGCACAUCCAAACGACUCACUUCCAAACGGCUCCUGUCUCUCCAACAAAAAAACUCACACUGCCAUUGUAUCCUCCACUGCCUCACUUCCUUCUCCGGCGGACCCUCUCCCUCACACGCUGCUCGCCGCCCGUCAAGAACCACUAACCUUCGCCAUCUCCUCUCCGCGCGAGCCGCUGUCCAGAGAAGACAGCAGCAACCAUCCGUCACCGGUGAACAGCGAGCUCCGAGCUCGCACGAUGAACAAAAGCCCACGUUGAUCCACCAUCAGCAGCCCCUGAUUCUUCUUCCUCUUCCUCUCCACCGCUGCAACAGCAACUUCGACGAACACACCGAACAAGCUGCAACGACGAACAGCAACCUGCAAGCGGCCAUGGCUGCGCUGUUUCUCCUUCAAUCAGCAGCUCCUCUGCAACCUACAACCAACAGCAACACCAACGCAGCAACAUCUCACUUCUCAGUUCUUCUCAGUUUCUCAGUUCUCAGUUCUCGUCGUCAUCAGUCAUCACUCAUCAGUCGACAGUCAUCGUCUCACAGGAAAGUAAAAAAAAAAAGUAGCUUCACAGGAAAGCAAAAGCUUUUUUGGUCUAAGUAGCAUCAUGCUUCUUGUAUCAUGGAAGAGUUAUUACUUGCCCAAACUAACUUUCAAGAAUAUACUUGUCUAUUAAUCUUUUGAGAGUGACAUACUUCUGCGGUUUGGUAAAAUGAAAAAGAAAUAAAAAUUUUUAUUUAGAGAAGAAUGAUAUCGAAUAUAGGUUUAGCUUAUGUUAAACAAUAUCAGUAUGAACUGAUUUUUUGAAGCAAAAUAGACACCUAAAUACCAUUUGUAGAAAGUUCUCGAGAUCUUGUAGUGGAACUUUGAUUUCCAUCAUUUCAGUUGCUGGAAGUGUGGAACUUCAAUUUGCAUCUAUUUUUUGGUUUGUCAAUGAGUGAUCAAGAUGUGAUUAUCUAGUAUAUAUUUUGCAAGUGUUCAAGUUCUGCCCAAAAGACUCUUUCAUAUUAAAGUUUUGUGGACUUCUUUUCUUUCCGUUUGGACUGUUUGUUGCAAUGGGCUAUGUGGAUGGUCUUAGUGUUAAUUGAUCUCUCUGUUAUGGCAGAAUCAUCAGUGUUACUCCCAGCUGCCAGGGGAUGCUAAGGCUUCGUUUAUCAAGGCAGCUCCUUAUCUUGUAAAAAAAAUGCUUGCAUCUUAUGUUGUUUGUUGUUGUGUGUUGCAGCAGAAGCACUUUGUUGUUGUUGUUGUUGCUUUUAGUUUUAGGUUUUAUUUUAUGAUGGUUUGUGGCUAAUUAUCUUGUAAAAAAAAAUGCUUGCAUUUGUGUUGAUCUUAUAAGAUGCAGAAAUUUUGGUAUUACCGAAUACCGUACCGAACCGAAUUUUUAUUUACCGAUUAUCGAAUUACCGAACCGAAGUUUGAAAGUUCGGUAUUUGGUAUAUACUUUGAAUUACCGAUUAUCGAAUUAUCGAAUCUAAAUUUUGAAAAUACCGAACCGAAUACCGAACGCCCAGCCCUACUAAAAUGUCCUCCAAAUGAAGGUAGAGUACAAUAAUUUCAUUUUACAAGAACAAGGGUGAUAUUCAGAACCGCAAUAAUUACAAGGGUAUUAAGUUGUUGAGUCAUACUGUAAAACGUGUGGGAGAGGGUGUGGAGAGAAGGGUGAGGAGAGAUGUAUCUAUUUUUGAGAACCAAUUUGAAUUCAUGUUAGGUGUUCAAUUACUGAGUCAUUCAUCUGGUGAAGAGAUUGAUGGAGAAAUUUAGAGAGAGGAAAAAUGAUUUGCAUAUGGUGUUCAUUGACCUUGAAAAGGCACAUGACAAAGUCAUGAGAGAAGUUUUUUGGCGAUGCUUGGAGUCCAAAGAUGUACCGGUGGCUUACGUUAGGACGAUAAAGGACAUGUAUGAGGGAGCCAAGACAACAGUAAGAACAGUGGGAGGAGAUUCUGAGCACUUUGUAGUCGAGAUGGGAUUGCACCAGGAAUCAACGCUUAGUCCGUUUCUAUUUUGCCUUGGAUGGAUGAAUUGACACGUCAUAUUCAGGAUGAGGUGCCUUGGUGUAUGUUUUUGUAUAUGACAUUGUUUUGAUCAAAGAAACUUGUGGUGGAGUUAAUGAUAUAUCGAAGGUGUCGAGAUAGACUUUGGAGUUGAAAAGGUUUAGAUUGAGCAGGAUCAAGAUAGAGUAUUUGGGCUAUAAAUUCAGUGAUGUGACGCAUGAGACAGGUGUGGAAGUAAGACUUGAUAUACCACCCGUCUGGCCAAUGAUUAUGUUAGCAAAAGUUGAGCCACCGUGUAUCUUUUCGAUGACAACUUUCUCAUAUUUAAUUUGUGUAGCACCGUGCAUCUUUCUGGUGAUUAUGUUCUCAUAUUUAAUUUGCGUAAUACCGUUCCUUUUGUAGGACUACUUUCUCAUAUCUGAGUUGCAUAGCAUUGUGCUAUGUUUUCGGUGACUGUUUUUUUAUAUUUAAUUUGCGUAGCACCGUGCAUCUUUUCGGUGGCCACUUUCUCAUAUCUUAUUUGUGUAGCACCAUGCUAUCUUUCCGAUGACUACUUUCUCAUAUCCAAUUCGUGUAGCAUUGUGCCAUCUUUUCAGUGAUUACUUUUUCAUAUCCAACUUGCAUAGCACAGUGCCAUCUUUUCGGUGACUACUUUCUUAUUUUUGUAGGGUCGUGCCAUCGUUCUAUCUCUACCCAUAUAAUUUCUCUUUUUCAGUAGGGUCUACCGUCAUUUUACCCUACCCAUAUAAUUUCUGUUUUUCAGUAGGUCGUGCUAUCAUUCCAACCUUAUCCAUAUAAUUUUCUUUCCCAGUAGGGUCGUGUCAUCAUUCUGACACUACCCAUAUAAUUUUAUUUCUCAGAUUGUGGCCACUUUCAGCCAUCAAAUCUAAUACUCCGUUGCAUGAGCAUGUUCCGGCUAGGUUUUCGGUGACUUUCUUGUUUAAUAUCGACUCAUCUAUUGAUUCCAAGAUGAUCCAUAUAUUUCAUACAUGAUUUUGAGCACUUUUCGGCGACCGCUGCACUGUGAAGAAGUCUACAUGGAGCAACCACCUAAUUUUUUGUUCAGAAUGAGGCUGAUGAUAUCCUUUGGAACAGUAAGAUAUCCUGGUUGCUGAGAAACUUUGAGCACUCUUUAAUUCCAUGAAGUUUACAUGUUUAAGUGAGGGCAGGGGCUACUAUUUCCCACCAUGUCACAUAGUUAAUAUAUGUGGUUUCCGGGUGUUACUUGACUGCCCUUUGGACCUUUCAGCCCUAACUGUAUUUUCUCCCCUACCAAUUGUUAUUUCUUCCUUGCUUGAUGAGAAAACUUCAAUUCAUAGAGGCCAAAGUUCAUCAAAUUCAGAGUCUGUAAGAGAGGAAGUUUCGGAGUUUCUUGAUUCCAAAAGUUUGAUACAGGCUGAGCCUUGGUAUAAAACUGUGAAAAGCUUGCAGCUUUGGAGUAUAUAUUCCUUAGAUGUGGUACUAAUCUCAAGUCCGAUGGGUAUGCUAGGGUUACCAUUUCUUACCCGCCUCAGAGACUUCAGAGCAAAGAUAUAUGCAACGGAAGCAGCUUCCAGACUAGGGAAACUGAUGAUGGAGGACCUCGUUUCCAUGCAUAUGGAGUUGAGACAAUUCUAUGGACCUGAAGAGUCUGGUUGCCCUCAAUGGAUGACAUGGGAAAAACUUGAACUACUUCCUAGGGCACUAAAGGAUAUUGUUUUAGGCAGUGAAGGGACAGAACUUGGUGGAUGGAUGUCCAUAUACAGUGCAGCUGAUAUCAAGGGUUGCAUGGAGAAGGUUCAAUUCCUGAAGUAUGCUGAAGAAGCCUGCUAUAAUGGCUCAUUGACCAUAAAAGCAUUGAGUUCUGGUUUGGAGAUAGGUGCUUGUAAUUGGAAUAUUCUAAGUCCAAAAGGAAGCAUUAUUUAUCUUUCUGGCUCUGUUUUUGCAUCAGCAACUGCAACCAGUUUCGAUUACAAAGCUCUUGAUGGAAGUGAUGUUCUAUUAUAUUCAGACUUCACAGCUUGCAAUGAUGUUGAUGAUGAAAAGAAUGAUUUCCCUUCUGCUACUGGCAGUUCCUGUUCAAGUAAUAUUGGUACUUGUUGGGAAACAGUAACUGAAUCAUGGCUUGAUUCAGAUGAGUACUCUGAAGAGAUGGAAAAAGUAUCUUUUAUAUGUUCAUGUGCUUUGGACACUAUUAGUGAUGGAGGAUCAGUCCUUAUUCCCAUUGGACGGCCCGGUGUCAUGUUGCAGCUGUUGGAGAACAUAUCACUUUCACUAGAAUCUUCAAAUUUGAAGGUUCCUAUAUAUUUUGUUUCUUCUGUGGCGGAAGAGUUGUUGGCAUUUUCCAAUAUCAUACCUGAAUGGCUGUCCAGUCAACUGCAAGAAAGAUUCUGUUCUGGGCAACCACUAUUCACGCAUAGUCAGCUGUCAAAUGAGAAAAAGCUCUUGGUAUCUCCUGCAGUACAUUCAUCGAAAUUCCUAACAAGUUUGCAGGAACCUUGCAUUGUAUUCUGUCCUCACUGGAGUCUGCGACUUGGCCCUGUUGUCCAUCUCCUUCAACGUUGGUGUGCAGAUCCUAGCUCGUUGCUUAUUAUGGAGGAAGGAGCUGAUAUCGAUUUGGCUUUCUUGCCUUUUAAGCCAAUGGCAAUGAAGGUCCUUCAAUGUUCAUUCAUCUCUGGAAUAAAGCUAAAGAAAGCUAUACCUUUACUAAAGAUAUUACAACCUAAACAUGUGCUGGUUCCUGCAAGUUUGAGGCCCCAUAUUAGCUGUUGGAACCCCAAAUUUUCAGUCCGUAGUUUCUCUGAAAAUGAAACUGUGGUUAUGCCCAAGUUGAAAACUUAUGCAGUCAUGGACAUUGCCAUGGACAUGGAUUCUGAGCUGCUAAUUGCAAGAUUAAAGGGAGAGUUGCUUGUUGAGCAGGGAAAGCAUCGGCUUGUUCUUGGAAACAAGCCAGUACUUUCUUCACAAGUUAGGCCAUUGCUAUUUCUGGGUAGAGUUGACUUGGACACCCUUCUAAUGGCUUUACAGAAGAAGGGGAUGAAAGUAACUGUACAGCAUGCCCAGAGUAUUGAUGGAUCAGAAAAUGUUUCAACUAUAUACAUCUCGGAGCCCAAUGAAGCCUCGAUAGAAGUUACAUCAACUCAAACCAUGAUAAGCGUUGCUGAUGAGACUACUUCUUCCCUGGUUUCUGAGGCUGUUCGUAGCACUUUAGUUUGUUUAUAAAAGAUGGACCUUGUAUAUAUACCUAAGAUGCCAAUGGUUUAAGAAGAUUGACUAAUUUCAACUUCGAAGAGAAAAUGAUUCAUUUAACUGGAAAUGGAGGUUGGGAGUUGUAGCGAA